UGACCCGUGACAUCAUCUGAGAAAGGGGGAAAAAGGAGGCGGAGAGGAAAGGGGAGUGCGACCGAGUCCAACUUUCCUCAUUUCCGAGGGAAUUCCGACCGCGUUUGAUCCGCGCUGAAAGACAAUGCGAGCGAAUCGCCCUAAAAGGCAGCAUUUCCACAACCCUUGACUCUUCUAUACCAACACAGGCAGCAUACAAAGCCACCUCUUUUUUCUUAUCGGAGGAUUAACUUGUCAGAGUUUUCUAGGCAAUUAGAAGUGCUUGCUGGGUCUCCGCUCGGCAAUCCAAGGUGUAACAGAGGCGGUGUCGAGCGAACUGGAAAAGACGCGAUUUUGCCCUGCGGACUGAGACUUGGCCAUUCAGUUGAAUAAUUGGAUACACUUACAAUGGCUGGAGCAACGUCAAUCGAAGCCGUGAAGAGAAAAAUACAGACCUUGCAACAACAAGCGGACGAUGCGGAGGAUCGGGCCGAAGCCCUGCAAAGAGAGGUGGAUGCAGAGAGACAGGCCAGAGAAAGAGCUGAGGCAGAGGUGGCCUCCUUGAACCGCCGCAUCCAGCUGGUUGAGGAGGAGUUGGACCGCGCCCAGGAGAGACUGGCCACCGCGCUGCAGAAGCUGGAGGAGGCAGAGAAAGCCGCUGAUGAGAGCGAGAGAGGCAUGAAGGUCAUUGAGAACAGGGCGACGAAGGACGAGGAGAAGAUGGAGAUCCAGGAGAUGCAGCUGAAAGAGGCCAAACACAUCGCUGAGGAGGCUGACCGCAAAUAUGAGGAGGUGGCCCGUAAGCUGGUGAUCCUUGAGGGCGACCUGGAGCGCUCAGAAGAGCGCGCUGAGGUGGCUGAGGCUCGUGUCAGGCAGCUGGAGGAGGAGCUUAGGCUAAUGGACCAGAAUUUGAAAUCCCUGAUGUCCACAGAGGAAGAGUACUCUCAAAAGGAGGAUAAAUAUGAAGAAGAAAUCAGAGUUCUUACGGAUAAACUCAAAGAGGCGGAGACCCGUGCCGAGUUUGCCGAACGAUCCGUCGCUAAACUUGAAAAGACUAUUGAUGACUUGGAAGAUCGUUUCCACAAGGAGGUGGAGAAAAACCGAAUUCUCCAUAACGAGCUGAGGGUUGUGCUUAACGAGCUUAACAGCUGAGUCACUCUCGGCAGUAUCUGCGUAGCAAGAAGCACUUCCUUUCUUUAAACACGCGCUGGUCUCUGACAAAGCUCUGAACCGAUUCUCACAUCUCUGACCAUUCUUUCCCGUCACUGGUAUGAAUGUACUAAACAAUGGGUUCAUGCAUUUUAAGCACCGCAGUAUACCCAGUUUGACCUGGCCAAUGCUGCUUUAGCCAAGGGAUCUCUUGUGUUUACAUUUUUUGGUAACAGCUGAAUUCUGAUGACAGGGGAUUCGUUUUAAAGUGAACCAUAUUAUUCAAGAAUAAUAUUUACCUUCAAAUGAAGUAUGACUUCAUCAUAUCAUUAAUCACUUUACUUUUUGCUUGAAUGUCCUUUUAACCCCUGUGCUGCUGUCUGAAAUCUUUUGCACAAUGGAUGUCCUGGUAAAACAGUUUAAUGAUUAAUAUUGGCAUGCUUAUAAGCAAAUGAUAAUCUAGUUCCCCCAUUAGUCAUCAAACUCUGGGGAAGCUGCUUCCCUAGUCCCCCUCCACUCUACAUCACAAUCUCACCUUAUUAGCUUUGAUAGCUUGAAACCUGUGAGUAAAUUAUUUUUAUGUGGAAAUUUGAAAUGGGUAUUCCAGAAUUGUACUGCGAAAUGAGUGUAAUUUGGAAAUGCAGUUUGAUUUGUAAAACCAUCUUUUCACCACAGGCAAAUCCACUUAUAUUUACACCAUCAUAUGACUUAUGUCAUUUGUCUGACAUUUUGUACUUUGAUAUUUACUGCCUUAAUGAUGGUGGUUGUUGUGUUUUUUGUUUUGCUUGUUCAACUAGAGUUAGAUUAAACAAGAGUAUAUUAUAAAUGGCAAGAGUACAUAGUUGUAUGUAUGUUUGCAAAUGAUGGCAGCAAGGCAGUGACUCAUGCACAGCAUGUCACAAAGUUAUAACCAUCCAAUAAGAAUAGACUGAGGCUCAUGGUAAGUUGAGAAUGUAAAGCAUGUAAAUUCCCAAGUCUUAUAAAUGGAUGCACACCCUUUUUCAUGUGUAUUAUCAGUACUAAGGGUUGCAGUGCUUACAGCAUUUACAGCAUUUGUUUCAUAAGGAAUGGGUUUCUCUAAGGUAAUAAUCUAUAUUUGUCUGUGAGAACCUUUAUAGUUUCACCAUUUUAGGUGAAAAAAGACAACAGUGGUCUCAUUGUCUGUAUGUGCAAGUGUAGUCUAUUGUAUAAAAAUGUACAGCCUAAUAAAAAUAUACUAUUGGACUUUUUAAUCCCUGUAUAGUCUGCAUUGAAGACCAUAUCAGGGGAAAAAAUUAGCAGAGCGGCAGUGUAGCAUAACGCUAAAGAGCAGGACUCAUAAUCGGAAGGUUGUUGUUUCGAUUCCCCAUUGAGGCACUGUUGUUGUACCCUUCAGCAAGGUACUUAACCCAGAAUAGUCUCGGAAAAAUAUCCAGAUGUGUAAAUGGGUAGUAUAUAUAUAAAAAAAAAAAAAUGUAACCUAUGUAAAGUUGCUCUGGAUAAGAGCAUCUGCUAAAUGCCAAUGAUGUAGUGUUUACAGCCACAGUCCCACAUGCACAAACAGCCAAUCCUCAUAUGGCUUAUUGGUUGAAAACACAUUUGAACCUUCAUUUUUAUUAGGAUUUAGACACUUGAGAGCAGCCAUAGAUAUUCAAUCCCAUUU